GCUGAGGCAAUGUCGUACGCCCACUGAGUAACGAUGGAGUACAUGUGGGUCCCUAACCCCCUCAGUGGGGAGUUAGACCUAGUUGCGGUGGAGUUCCCACCUUAUGCCGGUGCCUACUCUUCCCUGGCGCCCUUCGGUGGAGCCCAUGAAUGCAUCCACACACACCGUGGCUACAGCCCGAGACGCCUUCCACGGGAAAGACAACGACGACGGUUUGACAUAGAGGAACGUAUGCGGUAUAUAUGGUCAGACGUCCCAUGGAAUGGACCAGUGCAUCUGUACAAGGAUUGGCUGCAUAAACUGAGGAGAGACGUGAAAGAGGAGGGGGAUGAAUGUUACGGAGAAGAGGACUUUGAGACAGCUUUUGAGUACUACACACAUUGCCUGGAGGUCUGUCAGGUGCUGCACGAAGAAGGUUUCCAUGGCAGCGCCGCCGACAGAGAGUUCGUGAGGAAACUCUACAGUAACAGAGCAGCGUGUAGCUUUAAACUGCGUGACUACCAAGGCACCAUUCAGGAUUGUGACCAAGCUUUAAAAAUCAUACGUUUAGCGCAUCUUUCGCCUGAAAGUCGCCAAAAGCCUCUGUACUGGAAGGCCCGGGCACAAAAGGAACGUCGACUUUACUCAGAGGCAUGGCACACCGCAGAGGAGUGCAGACAAAUAGCUUCCUCGGAUGCAGCUAUACAUGCACUGAUGGAAGAAAUCCGCCCACUGCUUCCACCCUCGAUCCGUCGUCUUCUUCUCCAGGCGAGCCCUGGUCAGCCAGAAUCCCAACGUUCACACCGUGACGCAACCGGUUCGGUGUCAAGUUCAGGUGCUGCUCCGACUGAAGAAAGGGAAGGGCAGGAGGAACAGAGCGACAAAAGCAAGAAAUCAAAAGCUUCAUCAAUGCCUGCUGUUAAGCCAAAGUCCAAGAAGCAACUGAAAGCAGAGCAAAAGAGGAGAGAAAGGGAAGCGGCAGAGAUCGGCCAACAACUUCAGGCAAAGAAGAAAGAGGAAGCAGAAAGGGAGGAGAAGAGGAAACAGCAAGCCUCUGAGCGAGCAGCAGUUUGUAAAGUUUCCAGGGAGAUGGCCGUUCAAAUUGGCACUGAAGGAAGAAAUGACGUCGACAUCACCGGCGACACAAAGACAAAGGAAGACCAGCGGAAAGAAGAAGAGUAUGCGGACGACGUAGAUGUCGGAAGCAUAGACGGCAGCAUCGAUAAAGAGGUUCAAGAGGCAUUGAUCACAGCCGCUGCCGUCUCUGCAAGAAAGCCUAUCUCCAGCCCUAGCCACGGCUCCAGUACAGGCUCUAGCCCCAGUUUGGGCACCAGCCCAAGUGUGCGCACCAGUCCCAGCUCUAGUUUGGGCACCAGUCCCAUCCCUAGUUUGGGCACAAGAUCUAGCUCUAGUUUGGGCACCAGUCCCAUUCCUAGUUCGGGCACAAGAUCUAGCUCUAGUUUGGGCACCAGUCCCAUCCCUAGUUUGGGCACAAGAUCUAGCUCUAGUUUGGGCACCAGUCCCAUCCCUAGUUCGGGCACAAGAUCUGGCUCUAGUUUGGGCACCAGUCCCAUCCCUAGUUCGGGCACAAGAACCAGCCCUAGUUUGCGCCCUAGUCCCAGUGCCAAUACUUCAACGAUUACGGAGAGCACAGAGCCGCCCAAGGCAGUGCGCACAUUGGCGUCGGGCAAAUACGAGUUCCUCCUAGCUUGUGAGGGGUGCUUUGUACAGGAAGAUGGUCUGCACGGCGCUGGAGCUUAUUCCUACAAGGCAAACACCAAUCACAAGUGCAGAGGGAACGUUUUGCUUGCAAGGAAGAGGGACAGCAACGAAUCUUUCGUUAAGAUUCGCCAGAGUCCGAAACACAGCUUCUUGUUUUCCGGUACAUACAAGUUUUGCCGGCAGUUUCAAGGAUCUCGUCCAUGCAAGAUUGGAGAAUCUAGAUGCACCUUCGCUCACAACGAGAUAGAGAGAGAGAUUUGGACAAGAGAACGCGAAGAGAAGUUCAACCGUAAGGUCGUGACCGACCAGCUAAGAUCCAAGGAUCCCGAACGCUGGCUUGAAACACAGUCUACCCGUGACAUUGCUAGCAACAGCUCAGACACAGACACGGACUCUUUGUCAACAACCGAAUCUGUUGAAGAAAGCAGUGUCGGAGAUCUGCGUAGACGGGUCUAUGAGUACAAGAUAGCGUGUGAUGUAUGCUUUCUAAAGGACAACAACAAGCAUGGCACAGAGGCGUACUCUCACGCACACAACAAGAAGCACGACUGUAGAGAAGACGUUCUUCUUGCUCGGAAGAGAAAGAAUACCGACGACGCGUUUAAGAAAGUCCGCCCGCGCCCGCAGCACGCUUUCUUUGGAACGUACAAACUUUGCCAGCAGUUCCAGUCGUCAAUGCCCUGCAUGCUUGGGGAGGCAAGAUGCACCUUCACUCAUAGCGAGAUAGAAAUCGACCUCUGGACAAGAGAGCGACAAGGAAAGUUUAACCGUGAUGAGUUGAUGUCUCAGCUCAGUAAAUCGCCCCCGUCAGAGGCUGAGGCUAUCGAUAAACUGCGACAGAAACACGGCGGCAGCUUUCGGUUUCUCUGCAAGGAGUGCUUCCAUGGCGCCGGCAGUCCCACGGUCAUCAGUGACUCGUCGCUGUGUGACCGACAUUUGGAAACACGUCAGGAGGACAUCGAACUUCUCGUCCACGAGAGAGAAACAAGUAAAGGAGAGACUCGCUUCACAUCGGUAAUGCCACUGCCACAGCUCGCGGCCAAUCAGAUCCCGCUAUUCUGCGCCUACAUGGACAAGUGUACCUUUGGAGGCGAAGGGUGUCGACGGGCACACGGCCAGAUAGAGAUGGACGUGUGGAUGCUGGAAAGAAAGUACGGUACUUCGCAACGCCAAUUGGUUCACGACCAAUCAGAGGCAGCCGGUCCUCGUCCAAUGGGAAACGUUCCCGCAAAAUGGCGACACGUGGAAUGUCCAUUCAAGUUGCAGUUCGUCUGCAGGCAGUGCUGGCUGUCAGGGUGUGGUGUAAGUGUGAUGUCAACCAUUGGCCAUACAUGCGAACACCGAAACAAGCACCCGUGGAACGUGGCAAACAGAAUGUGUCUCAGUACUGACGCUAAAAAGGAGAUCCGGAAACCGCUGACCAUGCCAAAGUCGCCCUUCCAGAUGUGCUGGCAUGUUCAACAAGGCAACGCGUGUCCCGUUGGCAAGACGUGCACAUUUGCUCACAGUCAAGAGGAGAGGAAGAUAUGGACAUUCAUGAAAGAAACGAAAGUUCGUGACCUUGAAGUCUUGGUGAAUCUCUCACAACAACAACAUACCAGACCAUCAACACCCACAACACCGUCCCCUCAAGCUUCUCCACGUGCACGUCCCUCAGACUUCCCACUUCUCACCCCACGGGCGAGUCAGUACUACUGUAACCUGUGCCAUAAGACGUGUAACGGCAGGGUGACGUUUGACCAGCACUGCUCGUCCGAGGGCCACCAGGCCAGGAUCAGGUCGGACGCCAGCGACAACUGGCAGUAUCGCCGGCCGCCGUGGAUUGGAUCAAACGAGGAGUACAAACUUUGCCGAAGGUACUGA